CGAUCUUGGUGGCAUUGCUAGGUGCAUUUUUCAAUCGACUACCCGACGACAUGAUGCCAAUCGAGUGCUGCUUUCAUGGCUGUGCGAGUCCGGUGGUGUCGGGCUCGAUCAAGUGCCGCCUGCACCGUCAUCGACUCACGUGCGCCCACGAGUGCUGCGGCAACCAAGUGUACGCACGCGGCUACUGCGUCCGGCACGGCGGCAAGCGCACAUGCAGCGUCGACGGCUGCGAUGCGAAUGCUCGUGCUAUGGGCUUCUGCUCGCGCCAUGCAGUACACUCGACAAAGAAGCCGUGUGUCGAACCCAACUGCGUCAACUUUGCACACGCCAACCAGCGCUGCGUGCGCCACGGCGGCGGCCGUAAGUGCAAACUCAUGCACUGCAGCACGGUGGCGCGCAUUGCAGGCUUUUGUCAGCGCCACGCCAAGCUCUUGCAACCAAAGUUAACCAGUGUCGCUCCCCGUCUCGCCGACGACGUCGGUGCUGCCAAUGAUGCCUUGCGGCACUUGAAUGAUCUCGAUGACCUCGAUGCCUCGAUUUUAGACUGUGUCUUGAGCUGCACGCGGGCGUUUGCUCAACCGUCGUAACGUCGUGGGUAACUUCGAUCCAACUUUAAGAAAACGGUAUUGCUUUG